CUGGUGACUUGCACCAACGAGGAGAGGACAGUCGGAGCUGGGAAAGUAGGCUCCUGUCUUCUCCCGAUCCUCUCCCUCCACGGUGAGCGACCGAGUCCAGCUUGGAGAGUCCCGGCCGCAGCCUGGCACCCUGCCCUUAUGGGGCAGCAGCCGGGGAAGUUUGUAGGGGACCAGAGGAGACCCAGUUUGCCUGCCUUCAUCAAGGGGGGAAAGAGAGACUCAACACGCCAUGUGGCCAAGCCUUUGAAUGUUUUUGAUAUCCAUGAAGCUCUCCAGAGACCAGACUUUGAGGGUCAGGGUCUGACAGAUGCAGCCCGCUGGAACUCCAAAGAGAACCUGUUGGCAGGGCCCAGCGAGAAUGACCCCAACCUGUUUGUUGCACUCUAUGAUUUCGUCGCCAGUGGCGACAACACACUAAGCAUUACCAAAGGGGAGAAGCUGCGUGUGCUGGGUUACAACCACAAUGGUGAGUGGUGUGAGGCACAGACCAAGAAUGGCCAAGGUUGGGUGCCGUCCAACUACAUCACGCCGGUCAACAGCCUGGAGAAGCACAGCUGGUACCAUGGGCCUGUUUCACGCAACGCUGCCGAGUACCUGCUCAGCUCGGGCAUCAACGGAAGCUUCCUGGUUCGAGAGAGCGAGAGCAGCCCCGGACAAAGGUCCAUUUCUCUGCGGUAUGAGGGGAGAGUCUACCAUUACAGGAUUAACACUGCGUCUGACAGCAAGCUCUACGUUUCUUCAGAGAGCCGUUUCAACACACUGGCCGAGCUGGUGCACCACCACUCCACAGUGUCAGACGGCCUCAUCACCACACUGCACUACCCAGCACCCAAACGCAACAAGCCCACCAUCUAUGGAGUUUCCCCUAACUACGAUAAGUGGGAGAUGGAGCGCACUGACAUUACAAUGAAGCACAAACUGGGAGGGGGCCAAUACGGGGAGGUGUACGAAGGCGUCUGGAAGAAAUACAACCUCACUGUGGCUGUCAAAACGCUAAAGGAGGACACGAUGGAGGUGGAGGAGUUUCUCAAGGAGGCGGCAGUUAUGAAAGAGAUCAAACACCCCAACCUGGUGCAGCUGUUGGGCGUGUGCACCCGGGAGCCCCCCUUCUACAUCAUCACCGAGUUCAUGACCCACGGCAACCUGCUAGACUACCUGAGGGAGUGCAACAGGGAGGAGGUGAACGCUGUGGUGCUGCUCUACAUGGCCACACAGAUCUCCUCUGCCAUGGAGUACCUGGAGAAAAAGAACUUUAUCCACAGGGACUUGGCUGCCCGUAACUGCCUGGUUGGAGAGAACCACUUGGUGAAGGUUGCAGACUUUGGCCUGAGCAGGCUGAUGACCGGAGACACAUACACAGCUCAUGCUGGGGCCAAGUUCCCCAUCAAGUGGACCGCUCCAGAGAGUCUGGCCUACAACAAGUUCUCCAUCAAGUCUGACGUCUGGGCGUUUGGCGUGCUGCUGUGGGAGAUUGCCACCUAUGGCAUGUCUCCCUACCCUGGCAUCGACCUGUCUCAGGUCUAUGAGCUGCUUCAAAAGGACUACCGUAUGGACCGACCAGAGGGCUGUCCAGAGAAGGUCUACGAGCUCAUGACAGCCUGUUGGAGGUGGAGCCCCUCAGAACGUCCAUCCUUUGCUGAAACACAUCAAGCAUUUGAAACCAUGUUUCAGGAAUCAAGCAUAUCUGAUGAGGUUGAAAAGGAGUUGGGGAAGAAGGGGAAGAAAGCAACAUUAAGCUCCAUCCAGCAGGCUCCAGAGCUGCCCACAAAGACCAGAAGUCUUCGCAAAACCAUGGAAAACCGGGACGGAGAAAGUCCAGACCCGCUGGACCCAGAGGUUGCCGUGUCAUCACCAAUGCUUCCCAGGAAAGAGCGGCCACCUCUGGACAACAACUUGAAUGAGGACGACCGCUUGCUACCCAAAGACAAGGACAAGACGCGUGGUAGUGGAUUUCUAAGCCUCAUCAAGAAAAAGAGAAUUAAGGCCCCAACUCCCCCCAAACGCAGCUCGUCUUUUAAUGACAAGAAGCUCACAACUCUAGAUCCUCGAGACAGUGACAGUUUCAACAAUGGUGCGUCGUUGUCCUUAAAUGACACAACACACGGAAUGGAAUCCUCAAAGUUUUUGGAUGCUACCAAUAAUGGCGCCCAUACCAGUGGGGCUCCCAGCUACCCAGGACCUUUGUUCCCCAGAAAGAAGGGAGCUCCAGCAAUGCCUGGUCCAGGAGGCAAGGCAGCUACAACUCCACCCAGUGAGGAGGAAUCCAUUUCCAAUUCAAGCCGCUUCCUGUGGUCCUCCAACUUAUUUAACGGCAGAGAUGGCACCUACAGGAAAUCUGUCACGCUGCCACGAGACCUGGGCCAGCGCCACUUUGACUCAAGCACCUUGGGCGGUAAGCCAGCCCUUCCACGUAAGAGGACCAACGAGCAAAAAGGGGAAAACACUCCUCGAAUGGGGACCCUGACCCCCCCGCCUCGCCUGAACACUUCGCCAGAGGUGCCCUCGGCUUUCGUGGGCAAAGAUAACGACCCCAGUCCCGGCUCCAGUCCGCAAGCACUGACACCUAAGGUGGUCAAGAGACCCGGCCUGCCGGGGCUGGACUCCUCUAAGACCAGUGCUCUCCAUGCCGAGCUCUCCAAGCCCAACGUGUUCCCUGCCCUGGGGGCCGCUGGAGACGAGUGCAGGAUUCGCCGAAACAAGCCAAUUGUAGAUGCCUCAUGUGUCAGGGAGAGGGGGAAGCUGCACAAACCCAAACCGGCUCCACCACCACCACCCACCGGGGCCAAAAUGGGCAAAAUCUCACGCAGUCCCACUCUAGAACUCAACUCUCCCUCAUCCUCGCCUUCAGACAUCAAAACCAAGGGCGCUCUGUCCAUCUCGGAUCCCCACCACACGGCUGCGGUCGCUGACCAGGCCCGCACAGCAGCCAGUGAAGGCUCAAAGAAGCUGUCUUUGGGCUCCACCUCUAAAACUCAACCGCUAAAGACCUCCACCUCAGCGCCCACCUCCCCCUCCGGCCAGAGCCUCGGCGGUCUGCCUUCCUCCCUCACCUCCCCCGGCGACCAGAGCUCCCCCGCAUUCCAGAGAGCGUCGGGGAUUCUGGUGGAUCCCCGCCGCUCUCUCCGCAAGAUGACCCCGCGCCAGGCCUCCAACUCGGCCGUGACCCGCGAGAUGGUGCUGGAGGGCACCGAACUCCUCCGGACGGCCAUCUCGCGCAACUCUGAGCAGACGGGCAGCCACAGCGCGGUGCUGGAGGCCGGCAAGAACCUGUCCAAGUACUGCUCCAGCUACGUGGAGUCCAUCCAGCAGAUGAGGAACAAGUUCGCCUUUCGAGAGGCCAUCAGCAAGCUGGAGAACAACCUCCGCGAGCUUCAGAUCUGCCCGGCGGCCACCGGGGGCCCCAACGCACAGCAGGACUUCAGCAAGCUGCUGUCCUCCGUCAAAGAGAUCAGCGACAUCCUGGGGCCGGUGCUGAGCCCACGCCUGAGGGAGAGCUGCAGCAGCCCCUCCGCAGAAAGACCUGACUAG